UAGAUAGAUAGCGGAACUUCCCGCCUACGGAGCUUCACUGUCCAGGGAUGCGCACUAGCGCGGGUCACCGAGGUGAGGUCGGUCGCAGUCGCAGUCGCAGUCGCAGUCAUCACUUGUCAACGCCGAAUCCCCCGCUCCAUACGGAACGCGACACCACUCUCCCGCCCACGCACCCACCACUCCCUCCCUCCCUACCAACGCACGCAAUGGUCAAGAAACACAAGCGCAAGACGUCGCGGUCGAAAGCGCACAAACACACGCCGUCGAGCAGCGGCAGCGGCGGCGCGGCGGCCGUGCACGAAGUCGAGCGGAUAGUCGCCUCGCGCGUCGACGAGGCCGGCACCGAGAUGUUCCGGCUGCGAUGGAAGGGCUGCGAAGCUGCAGAUGAUAGCUGGAGGACGAGAGAACAGCUUGAUGUCGGCGACUGUAAAGAGGCGCUGCAGGAGUUCCUGGAUACGGGCGUACACGUGCUCAAGAAGGUCGGCUUCAAGGAGACGGCUACACUCAAGAGGGUCAAUGCUGCUGGCAACUCGAUUGUGGAGGAGGUGGGGCUCAAGGGGUAACGACGGUGGCGGCGGUGGGGGGAGGAUGGAUGAUGGAUGAUGGGUGAUACGUUGGGUCAAGUGAGAUCAGAUGGGGUAAUGCGUUUCUGCUUGCUUGCUUGCUACAUACCUACCGCGGCUAGUUUUGGGUUUGGUUUGGGUCUGAGUUUUUUCUUUCUUCGAAGGUCUGGUUUGGUUUGGGGGUUAGCUAUGGCGAAUGGGGGUUCCUGGGUUUUCUUUCGUUUGAUUGUCUACUGCUAGAUAGAUGAAUACAUAGACGGCGCGUGGCGUCGCUGCGUUGUGGGGUUCUGGCAAUGCCCAUUUUUACUCUAA